AGGCGCACAACGCCCACCGCUCACUUUAAAGGCCAGUGUUAUAGUUUAUCACCAUCAGUCUCUGAUUCCUCGCUCAUCUGACCGCACAUAAUUACAAAAAAGAAAUAUGAUGGAGAAUCGAGCAGCCCAGCUCCGAUCUCUUACUCCCAGUCCAGUCCAGUCCUGUGAGACGCGGAGAGAUAUGGCGAUGCGAAUGCAGAUUUGAUCCGCGCCUGAACAAGGGUCGCGUAUUCAUUUGAUUACGAUUCUGUUGAAUCCUUCACAACUCGUAGGUUUCAAGAGCUAGGUUGAAUUCUUAAGACACUGGUUCAAUGAUGUUUGGUCGGUCGGGGCUAUCCAGAACCGGGAGUUUCCGGCCGGAGAACCUGGGGCAAAAUGCCCUCGCGAUGAUUGGAAACCUGUGUUUUGCACUUUUUGUUGUUGGAGUCUUGAUCUUCACCAUCAUUGCUGCCACUUACGAACCUGAAGACCCACUCUUCCAUCCAUCGACCAAGAUCACAACUUUCCUCACGUCAAUUUCCAAUGCCACUUUUAAAUCGGAUAAUACUGUUGUCAAGACUGGUGAGGAUUUUAUGCCUACGAAUCAGUCAGCAUUUGCCUCAUUCAUAAACAUCACCGAUGUUGAUCAACCGGUACCUGAAUCAGCCUCUCCCGAGUGUGAGGGAAUCACGGAUAAACCUAUUGCCUGUUCGGACCCAGAUGUCUUUCAUACGAUGAUGAAGGCUGCUAUAGAACACUUUAAGGACAUCCAUUUUUACCGUUUUGGUAAGCCUGUUACGGGAUCAAAUGAUAGCACUUGUGACAUGGCAUGGCGAUUUAGACCAAAGGAGGGAAAGGCUGCGGCAUUUUACAAGGAUUACCGUAGAUUUGUGAUUUCUAGGUCCCCAAGCUGCACUUUUACUGUAAUUGGGAUUGGAGACUACCAUACAGGGGUGAAUGCCAGGAAGAAGAAGAAGAAUCAAAAACCAGGAUUUGAGAAGCACACUGGGAAGCAAGAAAAGGUUCCUUCUUUGCCUGUAGUUGGGGAAACAGUAAACGAUACCCUUCCUGAGGUUCAAUCUGAGGGUUCGUUCAGUCAUGGGAAGUUCUUGAUCUAUAGCGGUGGUGGGGAUAGGUGCAAGAGCAUGAAUCACUAUCUAUGGAGUUUCCUGUGUGCGUUGGGUGAAGCUCAGUAUCUGAACAGAACGUUGAUCAUGGAUUUGAGCAUUUGUUUAUCUUCAAUUUACACAUCCUCAAAUCAGGAUGAGGAAGGAAAGGAUUUCAGGUUUUACUUUGAUUUUGAGCAUUUGAAAGAGUCAGCAUCUGUGUUGGACCACGGUCAGUUUUGGUCUGACUGGAAUAAAUGGCAGAAGAAAGACGGAUUGAGUCUUUUUCUUGUGGAGGACUUCAGAAUCACACCCAUGAAGCUACAUGAUGUGAAGGAUACUUUGAUUAUGAGGAAGUUUGGGUCUGUGGAGCCGGAUAAUUACUGGUAUAGGGUUUGUGAAGGGGAGACUGAAUCUGUUGUACAAAGACCAUGGCACCUAUUGUGGAAAUCUAGACGGUUGAUGGACAUAGUGUCUGCGAUUGCAUCAAAGUUAAAUUGGGAUUUUGAUUCUGUUCAUGUUGUUAGAGGGGAGAAGGCAAAGAACAAGGAUUUGUGGCCUAAUCUCGCAGCAGAUACUUCACCCGAUGCACUUGUCUCAUCCUUGAGAGACAAGAUUGAGGAUGGGAGAAACCUUUAUAUUGCAACAAAUGAACCAGACAAAUCUUUCUUCGAUCCUUUGAAAGGCAAGUACUCUACUCAUUUUCUUGAUGAAUACAAGGAUCUCUGGGAUGAGAAUAGUGAGUGGUAUUCUGAGACAAUGAAGCUCACUAAUGGGGUUCCAAUUGAAUUCGAUGGGUAUAUGAGGGUGUCGGUUGACACUGAGGUGUUCUUAAGGGGGAAAAAGCAGAUUGAGACCUUCAAUGAUCUCACCAAUGAUUGCAAGGACGGCAUUAACACUUGCACUUCAUCUGCCAGUUAGUUCCUAAACAUGUCUCUGGCUAUGUUCUUCUGCCAUUUACUUCCUAUUCGUGUUACUGCUGCAUCAGGUGACAAGAAGUUGUAUCUCUGCUUUGUUCUUUGUUGUUUUUGAUUAAUUUUAGCGUGUCAAUUGGUUGUUUUUGCAUACCACAUUGAGUAGUGUUAUCGGGAGUACUGUUAUUUCUAGAGAAGCCUGCAGUCCUGUUUCAUCA